AAACGUUGAAACCAAACCAUCGCAGUUUGGCAGCGACUGAUUUAUGAUUUAUGUCCAGACACCAAGACCAAAGCCGAAUGUUUUCUGCUCCGUAUUUUGCCAUUUUCUGACUGGACAUUGCUGCUGUCGCCCUGUUCAGCCUCAUCCAGUUCUUCUCCAAGAUGCGGAAAUGGGCCGACAUGUCCAACCUGUCGCAGGACUUCAGGCUGCGGAUGGACCGGCUGGAGCGCAACUUUGAGGUUUCCACGGUGAUCUUCCGUAAGUUCGAGCCGAUCUUCAGGGACAUGUUCGUGAAUCCCCAGGGAUGCGAAGCACCACGGCAACCGCGCAGCAGGAAGCACAGGCGGCUGCCCUGUCACAUCACUGAUGUGUUCAAGUUCUGCUGGACGUUGUUCGUCUACACUAAAGGAAACUUCCGGAUGAUCGGAGACGACCUGGUGAACUCGUACCACCUGCUGCUCUGCUGCCUGGACCUGGUGUUCGGCAACGCCCUGCUGUGUGCCAACAGGAAGGAGCUGAUCAACCCCGGCUUCAGAGGUGUGCCUCCCUCGUUCCGAUUGGACGGCCCCGCCCCCCAGAGCGAGGCUCCGCCCUGCGUCUUGGAGAAGCUGUGUGAGCUGCAUGACGGCCUGGUGGUGGAGGCCAAAGGCAUCAAGCAGCACUACUUCAAACCGUACAUCCACAAACUGUUCCACAAACAGAUCCUGAAAGGAAACGAAACGCUUUUCACUGAAAUGUUGGAUCCUCAGAACUUUAUUGACAACAAUAAAGCCAUAAAUAGGGAGUACGAGGAGUACGUGCUGACGGCGGGAGACUUCGAUGAGCGAGUGUUCCUGGGAGCCGACGCCGACGAGGAAAUCGGAACGCCAAGGAAGUUUGUUCAGGAACGAGUCGCCGGCCAGGCUGCAGCUCAGAGAGACGGACAGCAGCUGGAGAAGUGCGGCUCCCUCGCCCCGUCCACUCCCCUGACAGGACGCGUCUACCUGAAGGAGAAGGACCUGCUGUUCACGCCCGUCUCCGCGGCGACACAGAGCGUGAGCCGGCUGCAGAGCAUGGUGGCGGGUCUGAGGAUGGCUCCCAGUGAAAACCUGCUGCAGAUCUUCAGGUCCUGCUCCAGAGAUCCCACUGACUCCAUUCUGGCUCGGGUCAAAACUUUGGGACAAACUUUCAGGGAACAUUACACCAACGACUCCGAGGACACGCCGGGAUCUCACAUCGACUUUGCCGAGAGCCGCUGGAAGCUGGCUGAGAUCCUCUACCACAAAGUCCUGGAGAACGUUCUGGUCCAGGAGACGAAGCGCCUGCAGGGCCGGGACAUGAGCGUUCUGCUGGAGCAGGACAUCUUCCACUGCUCCCUGAUGGCCUGCUGCCUGGAGGUGGUCCUGUUCUCCUACAGCUCCCAGAGAACCUUCCCCUGGAUCAUCUGCGUCUUCAAGCUGCCGCCGUUCUACUUCUUCAAGGUGAUCGAGGUGUUCAUCCGCUCAGAGGAAGGUCUGUCCCGCGACAUGGUGAAGCAUCUGAACGCCAUCGAGGAGCAGGUUCUGGAGAGCCGGGCCUGGGCCUCGGACUCCGCCCUGUGGAGCGCGCUGGAGGCCGCCGGCGGGAAAGUCCCCACGGUGGAGGAGGUGAACUUCUCGUCUUGUCUGGAUCCGGGUUCUGGUUCCGGUUCCUCUAACGGCCAGUCUCAUCUGCCGCUGAUGGCCCAGUCUCCCAUCAUCCACCCUCGGAUCAGGGAGUUCAGGUCAGGUCUGGGAAGUUCACGGAAAGAAGUUCCUGCGUCUCCGCUGUCGGUCCAUGACCGGUACAGCUCCCCGGCCGCCGGCAGCGCCAAGCGCCGGCUCUUUGGCGACGACCCGCCGGCGCCCCCUGCUGGCCUGAACGUCGCCGUCAGCCCGAUGCCGUCUCCGGCCAAGAGGCUGACGUUUGGAACGAGCCAGAAGAACGGAGGACAGAGCGCCGUGCUCAGCAUCCCACUCCAAGGUGAGCGAACGUUCGCCUUGAUCCCGGUCCAACCCUGCGACUCCUCCGGCGUCGUCACGGCUCAGUUCCUGCUGACCUCGUCCCCGGGUCGGGUUGCCGUCGCCACGGCGACCUCCAGCACCGAGCCCCAGGCGGGAACCGGGCGGCCGCGGCGAACCGGGUCACUGGCUCUGUUCUUCAGGAAGGUGUACCAUCUGUCCAGCGUGCGGCUCAGAGAUCUGUGCCUGAAGCUGGACGUGUCGUCGGAACUGCGUGGGAAAAUCUGGACGUGUUUUGAGCACGUUUUGGUUCACUGCAGCGACUUGAUGAAGGACCGGCACCUGGACCAACUGCUGCUCUGCUGCGUCUACAUCAUCGCCAAGGAAACCGCACGCUCGUUACAUCAUCGCCAGGGUAACAGCACGCUCGUUACAUCAUCGCCAGGGUAACAGCACGCUCGUUACA